AUGGAUCUGUUUGAGACGAGUUCACAGUUCGUCCAGAUCUUGAGGGCAUUGGUCCCUCAGAUGCAAUCUUUGUUACGUGCUGCGCACUUUGCCUUGAAACACUCGGAAAGUGAGGACUAUCUCUUCUACGCUAUAAUAGAUCUUCUUGACGACCCAAAAGUGGAGCUCAAUACCAAAUCAACCGUCUUCCAAUUUAUCGACGUUUUGAUCCAUGAGUCAUUCUUUAUUUCCCAGCAGACAAACUCCCACUAUAACUAUCCUUACGUUCACAAUUUAAAGCUGGCCCUUCCCAAAAUCAUUUUGAAGGUACUUCCAGGUACCAACAAUGCCAAUCUUUAUAAUAUCUUCAAUAACUUGAAGAAUAUUUCUGAGUCCCUUAAUGUCUCCUAUUCAGACUACGAAAAGCAGUAUAAGGAUGUGGAAACAUUACUCUCCACGGAAGAAUUGGAGAGUGUCGAGAUGGAUAUUCCCUACCCAGAGAUAAACCUUGAGGAAAUUGAGGAGGGCUCUGACCCUGCUGUUCAGGCGUGGGAGAUUCUCCUUCGAAAGAGAAAACAGAGUCACUAUGAACGUCUUCGUCUUUUAAAGCAUCAAAAGUAUCGUGAUGAUGCCGUGAAUGAAGAAGAGAUGUUUAGCAUUCGGCCAUCUAGGGUUGGAGAUCCUACAAAGAAAGUGAACGAGCUGAUGCUCUCGAAAAAGCAAAUUCUUGCCAGAAUGGAAGACGACAGAGAGACUCACAAGAAGUCAAAGGAAACUCUUUGGGUGGUCAAUAGACCCAGCGGAUCCAAUACGCUAACAGAGGAGGAGUUCUCCAACUACUACUGGCAAAGAAUAGAAAAGCUUCCUACAAAGAAAAUGACCGAAUUUCUCAGUUCGUUCGAUGAAAUGAACAGAUUGGCUAGUGCUAGUUAUAAAGACCCAAUCUAG